AUGUCUUCGUCAAACACUUCUAGCCGUCCAAGUGGAUGUGUUUCAAUUCCUGUAGUAAUCGUUACUGAAUCAAGUUCGAAUUCUCAUGCGUAUUCAAGGCCGACUUCCUCUUCUCGUCCGUAUUUCAAUAAGAAUAUUUUCUAUGACCGUUCUCAUUCACCAUCAUGGGUAAAGCUUUCGACAAAUCGUUUUCAACCACGACACAGUCCAGUUCCCAGCUACGAUCGUUUAAUUCAAAACUCUUACUUCAAUCAGCCAUUCUAUGACCAUCCAUCAUAUCAAGAAACUCCCUAUCAAUCGUUUCAGCCACCAGUGUAUGACUCAAAACCUUUACAUCCGAGCCGAUCCAUCGAUGAUCUUCUCUCACCAUCAAUGAGCUCAAUGCGGGCGAAGAAUUCGUUGAGAAAUUCAACGUAUUUCUCGCCUUUAAUCAAUAACGGAUUCCCAUCGGACUCUGAUUUUGUUGAUUUCAAUAGACGUAUGGAUUCUUUUCAUGACUUCCCAGAUGCUCAUCAUAAUUUUCCGACAAAUCGACCUCAUCCAUUUGACCAACCACAGUCGUAUUGCCGCCCAAGCUUCGCUCAUCCAAACGAACAACGGUUACCCAACGAUUACCAACAAUCCAAUUCUACUCAACAAUCAAGCAGCAAGACACACGAUCGUUCUUAUUCACCGACUUCUCAACGCGAUGAAUCACCAGUUCGUCCAGCACCAUCAACAUCCCCUCAACAACAACAACAACAACAAUCACAACCGCAAGAAUAUGAGUCUGAUUUCAAAGUAACAAACAAUUCGACUAAUCCAACCACGAAAUCAAGUACAAAUGCGACAUCUUUACAAUCAAAUGAUCAACAGGUUCCAACAACGGACACCAUACCCGUUCGUGAUCCAAAUGUGAUUGCAUUAGAAAAACUCGAACAAAUCAAACAAACUCUAGCUGAUUUAAAUCAACAAGUCGAAACAUUCUCUGGCUUGACGCGCGACGAUCGUUUAUACAAAACACUCGAUGAACAAGCUUUGAAAAUAAUGAUGCGUUGCGAUGAACUAGUUGAUGUCAGCACUGAUAUCAAAGAAAAACGUAAAGAAAUGAUACGUAACGUGCAAACCGUUCUGGCAAAACUCGAAUCUAAAGUGCCAAUCAAUCCAACGGCUGAAAUGGAAACUACUUUGUCACUUUACGAUCCACCAACAACGAAUGCAAGUGAAUUUCAUGAACAAGACACUUCUACAUAA